CCGGCCUUUGUUCGUCACCGAAAGCCAGCCUCGAGCAGCAAUGCAUUGAAUAAUGCAAACAGGCGACAAACAUGUCAUCGACAGCAUGGAGAUCGCUCGAGGUGGAAGAGAAGUUCCACAAGCUGUCCUACAAGCUCGCGGGCACACAGUGGGAAGAGAUACACUACCCGCGGCCGUCGCGCGACGCCGGCGACACCGGCUACACGCUGGAACCCCACCACGAGCUCAAGCUGGCCAACCACCUGGCGUUCCUGGCGCAAAACAUUGGCGGCGCCUGCUCGGUGUCGGCCGUCUGCCUGGAGGAGACCGAGGGCGGGCUCGUUGUACGGCUGGCUAGCAACGAGCGCCCGCCGCAGCAGACGGUCGACGGGCUGCAGGAAAUCGUGGACAGUCUAAGCCGAUACUCGCGUAAGGAAAUACCACGCGAGGCCUUCCUGAGGGACGUGUCAGGGCAGGUCUUGACAUUGUCCAAGAAGAGGAUCCGCGAGCGCGAGCGCCGCGGGCAGCAACGCGGGGAGCCUAACCGCAAGCUUGGCGGGGGCCCCAAGGAGCUGGCGGCCCGAGGCGUCCAUUGGCUGGGCCUGGCCAGGCAGGACCAGGGCGAUCCAAUGAGGGUGGUGGAGCAAGCGCGCCUCGUCUCGGCGACUAAGGAGUGGGGGGACCUCACCGGAUCGUCCCGGGGUGGUAUUUCUGUACCACCGAGAGUUCGCAAUGAUGUCGAGAAGCUGGCGCGCUAUCAUGUGGAUGUGCUGUGCGGAGACCUCGAGAAGAUUGGGUGCAGGUCCAAAUACCGGCCGCUGUUGGGGAGCAUCUCCGUCGUUCGCUGCGAGCACUACGGGUCCCGGCAGCCACGUGGCGCGCAAAAGACAUGCCACGUCCACGCAGAGGUGCAGCUGAUCAUGGGGUAUGAGGGGAGGGAGGAGAAAAGCACCACCUCGCCGCCGCCCCGGGCAAUCGGCUGCAGCAAGUCCGCCUGCUUCCUCUGCCAUCUGCUGAUUCGAAAACUGGGCAUAUACACCAUCUCCAACACCCACGGACGCUUUUACGAGCGGUGGACCAUCCCCAACGUCGCCUUGCCCGCUGGGAAGAACGAGACCAUCAUGAGGGCCAUCGAUGCCAUGAUAGCCGAGAUGGAGUCGGUGCUCGAGCGCAUGCGGCUCCGGAAGCGCAAGAACGGGAAUUUCGCCCCCGAAAGUCGCCCGGAGUCGAUGCUGUCGGACCCUGCCACGCUCAGCCAGGUGACGAUGACAACCCACGACCCACAAACGCACGGCAUAGUAUCGUCCUCGAGCUCGUCGACAUUGACCAUGUGCGAGUCGAGCGGGCAGCAGCCGCGUACCCAGCGAGCGAAAAGCAUAUCCAGCAGCGUGGCCCCCAUCCAAACCAUCGAGUCGCGGGUCGAGGGGCAUGAUCAUCUCCAAAUCGCCUCUAUCGUCUUGUCAUCUUCUGCCUCGUCCGUCUGCACGCUGGACGGGCCCAGCGAGGAACAACCGGCAUUCCGCCAGCCCAUCACCCCGGAUGGCAUCAGUUACCCUGCCACAGGGGCUGAUAUCAGCCACCCCGCCACAGGAGUCGAGCGGGAGAUCGGAGAGCAGGACUUCGCACUAGCCGGCUCGGUUGUCUCGUCGGCAAUGUCGUCAAAAGCGACUAUCGGCGAGGCCAUCGAGGCCGUUGAGGAACGUGCGACUGUCGUGCAGUUUCAGAUCCCAGAAAUCCGCGUGCAACGUGCGGACAGCAUCAAAUCGGGACGUGAGGGGAUGGCACCGGGGCCCAAAGAGAGCGUCAACAGCGUCAACAGCAUCAAUAGCAUCAACAGUAUCGUCUCGUGCUUACACCUGGAACGGGACGACCUUCCCUACGAGCACCACAUGGGUAUCGGCUCGCCGAUAUUUGAGCUGCAACUCGGCGCACUCUCCCUCCUCUUCGAUUGCCUUGGCGUCGAGUCGGGCCACGUUUCUGUUAGACGGACGGCUGAGGUUCCCAAAAAGCUCGAGGAUGAGGCAAGGAUGAUGGAAGCAGACGAUAUACCAGACGACGAGGAGCUGGGCUUCGACUGCGAGGAUGACUCACGAUCUCUGACUCUGCGACUGACGAGUUUCGGCGGAAUCUCUGUGGACAUAGAGGUGAAAUGGGGAGAGCACGAGGAUUCGUAACACCCAUGAGAUGCGCUGCCCGAAGGAACCGGCGGGCGGUUUGGCGUGUGGCCAAGAGUGAGGUGGGGGAGGCUCGGCCGAGAUGCACAAGAAUGUACGAUAACAAAAUGGCGUAAACGGAGUUUGGGGCGUCUUAUUCCUUUUGUCAUGUCCUAAAGGAGGAGGACCAAAAUGAAGAUUGUUUGGGUAUAUAGAUUUCGAAGGCUAGGCUUGGGUUGGUAAAAAUCGAGGCCUGAAAACAAGGCUCAAUCAAUGCCCUAGCGUCGGUGUGCACGCAGCUUCACAAGCGACUCGCCAUGGAUUUGUGGCCCAGGAAUUAGCGCAGCUCGUAUGUUGGGCCAUGAUAUCGGGCGUCUUGCCCUGGUCUUCCCAGCGGCAACAGAAUUAGUAUACAUUUUACAUACUAUGAUGUAGGGAGCUCACCAAGCGAUUGUAUAGGUUAAUGCUAGGCAAGGCAAUGUUCAU